AUGAGGACCUUUCCUGUUGCAGAUUUACCCAGGUUUGGCAAACCGCUGAACAACCUGACGGUCUCGGUGAGUCGCGAAGCCAUUUUGACCUGCAUCGUGGAAAAUCUUGGCCCGUACAAGGUGGCGUGGCUGCAUGUGGACACACAAACGAUUCUCACUAUCGCAAAUCACGUUAUUACGAAGAAUCAUCGAAUCGCUGUGACGCAUAGCGGUCAUCGCGCGUGGUCCCUUCACAUUAAGGACACCAAGGAAUCGGACGGAGGAUGGUACAUGUGCCAAGUGAACACCGACCCGAUGUCCAGCAACACUGGAUACCUCGAAGUAGUCGUACCACCGGAUAUCCUGGACUCCCCUACUAGUACGGACAUGGUCGUGCGGGAGGGGAGCAACGUAACGUUACGGUGCGCCGCCACCGGUACCCCAGAACCAAAGGUGACGUGGCGCCGUCAAGUUGAAGGCACAAUCACUCUAUCGAACUGGCACGAGGUAGCCGAGGGCCCAGAGUUGGAAAUAACACGUGUCACACGUCUCCACAUGGGAGCAUAUCUCUGCAUAGCAUCGAACGGUAUACCACCGGCAGUCAGCAAACGGAUCGUCCUUAUUGUUCACUUUCAACCUAUGGUUAGGAUUGAAAACCAGUUAGUUGGCGCUUAUGAAGGCCAAACGCUCACCCUGGAAUGUCACAGUGAAGCUUACCCAAGACCGAUCACAUAUUGGACAAGGCCAUCGAACGAAACGAUCGCAAAUGGUAACAACUACAAGGUUGAAACAAUUCCAAAAGGAUACGAGAUAACUAUGAGGCUAACCAUCAAAUUUGUACGACCUCAGGACUUUGGGUCGUUUCGAUGUGUGGCGACGAAUUCGCUGGGAGAAACUGAUGGCAAAAUCAAACUGUAUAGAAUCGAUAGACCGCCCACGACGCGUCGGCCGAAUACCAGGCGAGACUCUAAGAAAAGUUGGAAGAUUGAUCGCAGUCACGAAAAGAACACGGCAGGCAUGAAGGACGAGCCAAUACUGAAGGGUGUCGAGAACGAUGAGGAACAGAUUGAUUUUCAGUCGGCUACUGCCUCGUCUCUCCUUCAUCGACACCUGUUCGCAAACCUUGGCAUCACCAUUGUCAUUUUAGCAGGUGGACUAUCAACGUAG